GCCUGGGUCUCUGCAGCCCUGGGAGCGGAGGGCUGCACAGAGCCCAGAGGGGCCUCCCAGGCCCUGGAUGCCCCGCUACUGGACUCCCCGGAGGGCUCAGACGACCCUGAGACCUGGAGCCUGCAAGAGAGAGCAGCCCAGCUGCUGCUGCGCAGCGCCUCCUCCCUUGGCAGCUCUGAGGGGCUUAGCCCCCACCCAACCAGCAGCCCCCUGACCUCAAAGCCCGACACAGCUGCAGGUUUUUUACGCAGUGGGUUUUUAAUUGACGGACCAGGAACUGAGGUGGCCUCGGAAUUUGGAGCUAGUAGAGCCGGUCCUCUCACUCUUGGGUCUUUGCCAGCCUCCCACAUCCCACAGUCCUCUUCCCUGCGGCCUGAAGAUGACAUCUUGUUCCAGUGGCGCCUGCGCCGGAAGAUGGAGGUGGCAAGUGAGGGCACCUCGGGGGUUUGGAGGACUCCAGGUGUCCCCCCGUGGAGGGGUGACACAGCAUGGCUAGGCCUCAGGGCAGCAUCUAGCAGCAGAGACAGUGGUCCCCAGGCCCCCCAGCAAGGGGUGGGGCCUGCUGGAGGGGGUGGGGCCUGCCCUCCAGCGGACCAUGCCCCCAUACAGCUGGCACCGGCACCUGCUCCUACCCUCUCCUGGAUGCCUGGGGAAGAUGGGGAGAGCUCCCAUGAUGCUCCAGGGCCCAGCAGAGGGACUCCUGUGACGCUUUCCCGUGAUGCUUCGGGACCUGAUAGAACUGUGCAGAGACCCAGCUCCCAUGAUGCUCUGGGGCCUGAUGGAAUGGUGCAGAGACCCAGCUCCCAUGAUGCUCUGGGGUCCAAUGGAAUGGCACAGAGAUCCAAUUCCCAUGAUGCUUCAGGCCCCAGCAGGUGGACACCGGUGACACUGUCCCAUGAUGCUUUGGGGCUGGAUGGAACAGCACACAGACCCAAUUCCCAUGAUGCUCCAGGCCCCAGCAGGUGGACACUGGUGACACCAUCCUGUGAUGCUUUGGGGCCUGAUGGAACGACACAGAGACCCAGCUCCCAUGAUGCUGUGGGGCCUGAUGGAAUGGUACAGAGGCCCAGCUCCCAUGAUACUCUGGGGUCCAAUGGAACAGCACAGAGACCCAAUUCCCAAGAUGCUUCAGGCCUUAGCAGGUGGACACCACUGACACUGUCCCAUGAUGCUUUGGGUCCUGAUGGAAUGGCACAGAGUCCCAACUCCCAUGAUGCUUUGGGGCCCAGCAGGUCACUGCCCCCUGGCCUUUCCCACAAUGCUCUGGGGCGUGGGAGACCCAGCUCCCAGGCUGCUUCAUGGCCAGGAGGACCAGCCCAAGAGACUGCAUCCCAUGAUGCCUGGCGGCGGGACCCCCAGCCCAGGAGCCGGGCCAGGCUGCGACAGGGGGGCAGGGGUGGCCCGGAGUGCCCCCCCCAGGCUGUGCGCAGGGCCCUGGGGCAGGUGAUCGCUGAGCGGCUGCUGUCGCCCCCCCUGGGGCAAGAGGAGUCUGUAGGCCCCCUGGGGCAAGAAGAACAACCUGUGGCCCCCCUGGGGCAGGAGUCGUUCCCCCCAGGUCAGGAGCCAGCCCCCCACACCCAGCUGCUGGGGCUUGCCGCUCGGCUCCUACAGGAGGCGGAAGACUCGGACGGCACCGAGUUUGAGGCCGACCCGCUGCUGCAGGUGCUGCGGGGCCAGCGGGAGGUGCUGCGCCGGUGCCUGCGGGCCGUGGACCUCAAGGUGAUGAGCUGGAGGGGGGGGGGCAGUGCUGAGCACGAUGGCUCCCCCUGCUGACUGCCUCCCCUCCCCCCCAUAUCUCAGGACAUCCCAGUGCUGAGAGUGCCUGGAUUGGUGCCUUGGAGGGGGCAGGGGGGGCCAGAGGGGGCCCCUUUUGCCCCUCCCCCCAGCUGGGCUGAAGCUGUGCAAUAAAUAUGUUUUGUUUGUUGGAGCUGGAAGUGUUCAAUGGGGGGGGGUCCCCUCAAUACCCCCUCCACGUGUCCCUUCCCCCGUUAUUGGAGCUGCACUGUUGUGUCAUCUGCCCUGUAC